AUGCUUUAUUAUCAAAGCCAAACCAAUGCUCUUUCGUGUCCUUGUAGUCAUACCUCAAUACAAUAUGGUACUUUUCUGUCUGUAUCAGCCGUUUACCAUCAAAUAUGUUCGAGCGGUUUCAUCACAUCUCAAUGGUGGACUUUAGUGGUAGCCACGGGUAAUACAUACAUAUUUAAAGAUCGUCCGUUGUUGGGUGCCUAUUUUCGAAUGAUCGCGUCAUUUUGCACAUUAGCCAAUCAAACAGUAACAAAUGCUGCACUUACAUUUGCGUCAAAAACAUUUGUUAGUAUCGAAGCAUUAACACAGAAAUUGUUUGAAAGUGAAGUUACGUCAGCACUAAAUAUGUUUAUUCAACAAACUCCUGUCACAUAUCUACAUAGACUCAAAUAUAUUAGAGACGCACUUCGUUCAAAUCAAUUGCAGAAUAUGUUUAUGACAACCUGGGAAAUUGCAUUUACGACAGCUGCAGAAAGUUAUAUAGUAGCAACGAUCCCUCGUUCAUACAAUAAUAAUACAUGCUCCUGCGCAGCAACAUUGUCACCCACAUGUUGGAGACCACUCAACCUUGUUUUAGGCAACGAAACAAUUGCAUUACCAGGCAUCAUUGGUGGAUGUUUGCCGGUAGAUGGAUUGCGUCAAUCAACACUCGAAUGUUUCUUCAAUUCAACAUGUUUGUCUACACUGGGUACGUUGUUGAAUAGUUCAAUGGUUCCAUCUGUGCUCAAUCCAUUAGUUGUUACUCGAUUUUCGCACUUGACAACAAAAUUAGGUACAAUGAUCGAUGAAUUAUUUGUCGAAGAAUGGAUCUAUGCAAGCAACUUCUCUGCCUAUUAUCAAGCAUGUUCUCCUCAUUUAUGUCAAUUGACAUUUGAUGAAAACAAUAAUGUUGCUUAUAUGAUAACAACAUUGUUAGGUUUCUACGGUGGUCUGACAAUUUGUCUUAGAUUUAUUAUAUUGCGCAUUUUGUUGAUAUUGAAAAAAGUACGAUAUUUUUGGCAGAAACACCAUCGACGAACAACAACUGUUACGCAUCGUAAUCAAAUCGAUCCAAGUGACAAAUUCUGA